AUGGAAAAAUUACCAGAAAUAGAAUUUCACACAGUUAAAAAACUGUUUGUAUUAUUGGACCUCUUGGGCGCCCCUGGAUCAUUUUUUUACAGCUAUUUCCCAGCAACUCAUGGUGCUUACCGGACUUUGGCAGCUGGUGAAAAAACUCUUGCUGCUCUCGACCAUUUAAAAGCUGUAGGUGCAAAAAAUGGUUGGAGAGGUAGACGAACUGCAUACUUUCAUGAGUCAUCAGCCUCACACUUUGUUGAGGAUGACCAUACUCCUUUUCUUCAAAGAGGAGUCCCUGUCCUUCACAUUAUCCCUCAUGAGUUUCCCGAUGUAUGGCAUACACAAAAUGAUAACUGGAAUGCCAUUGACCGCCCAACAAUAGAAGAUUUAAACAAAAUUAUGAGGAUGUUUGUUCUUAGUUAUUUAAAUAUUUAG